AACCAAAAGAAUCUUUCAAUGAUUAUCAUUAAAUAUAACUAAAAAAAACCGUGCGGUUAUUCUUAUCUUAUGUAAUUUCACUAAACAACAGAACUAAAGAAAAAAUCAGAUAACUCAACAAUGAUUUGCAAAUUUUGACUUAAGUAGUCAAAGUAAGUUUUGUUUCAAGUGAAAUUGCAAAUUUUUUGAACUGUAGAAAAAAUGAACAGCAAAGCAGCACUUGCUAUUGGCCUGGUGUUCUUAGGAUGCUGCAGCAAUGUUGUGUUUCUGGAAUUCUUGGUCAAAACUGAUCCUGGUGCCGGUAAUCUUAUAACCUUCUUGCAAUUUCUAUUUAUUGCUGUUGAGGGUUUCAUAUUCACAGCGAAAUGGGGAACUCAGAAACCCAAAAUCGGAAUAAAGGAUUAUUCCAUUUUGGUUGCAAUGUUUUUUAUAACAAGUGUGUGUAAUAAUUAUGCAUUCGAUUUUAAUAUACCAAUGCCUUUGCAUAUGAUAUUUAGAGCGGGUUCUCUAAUAGCAAAUAUGAUAAUGGGGAUAUUAAUUUUGAAAAAACGUUAUGAUUUUUCAAAAUAUCUGUCAGUGUGUAUGAUAACAGCUGGAAUCAUAAUUUGUACAAUCGUUUCUGGAUCGAAUGUGAAAGAUACAAGUAACCCAGCUUUGAAGGAUGUUAAUCAACCGGAAAGUGAAUUUUCAGUACUCUUUUGGUGGUGUCUUGGUAUAACACUGUUGACUGUGGCCCUAUUUAUAUCUGCUCGUAUGGGAAUUUAUCAGGAAGUUUUGUACAAACGCUAUGGAAAAUAUCCUAAUGAAGCACUUUUUUACACGCAUCUUCUACCUCUUCCCGGUUUUAUACUGAUGUACGGAAAUAUUUGGGAACAUAUUGUUAUCAGUUCGAAUAGUACUCCAGUGGAAAUAUUUUCUGGAUUAAGCAUUCCGAUUACAUGGUUGUACCUCUUAGGAAAUGUCUUAACCCAAUAUCUUUGUAUUAGCUCAGUGUAUGUGCUAACAACAGAAUGUACAUCAUUAACUGUAACACUUGUUGUUACUCUGAGAAAAUUCGUAUCGUUAUUAUUUUCAAUUGUUUACUUCCAAAAUCCAUUUACAACCUCACAUUGGAUUGGAACACUUUUAGUAUUUGUUGGAACAAUCAUAUUUACAGAAGUGAUUCCAAAUUUGAGGUCAAAGGCACCAACAAGACCUAGCGAAUCAAAGAAACAAAAAUCAAAUUAAAAAAAAAAACAUAAAUAACAAAUUAAAAUUGCAGAAAUAAAAUGUUAAUUUAUAUACAGGAAAAGUAAACUCAACUUUUAAUAUAAACUCAAA